CUCGUCAGACCCUCUUUGUCUGCUUGUGCAUUGCAUGCAGUGGCACAGGCCAAAUUAUCAGCUUGAGCUAGAAGAGGCUGUUCGUAGCGCUACAGAAUUCCUUCAUGUCUGAGAGUGCUGGACUCUAGUACUAGUAGAUGCCAUGACUUGUCUUUUCUGAAGCUGCCUCUGACCUGUGCCUGUGGGCUCCGAGUGCGGUGAAGUUAGUAAGUUAGUUUACUCUACCGCGCAAUCGUGUACACUAAGUGCACUACUGUGCGACCAGUCAACCUCAUUCCGAUUUAAGUUCACUCUCAACAGACUCAGUAGUCAGUAGUGUUUUUGCCUUGGUCUAGAUGUUAGUAUGGAAAACGUCAGUAGCGAAGCAAGGGAUACCAUGGAGGCGAGGCCGCGUGCUAGGUCACGUUCACACACGAGUGUAUCGCGCCAGGAUCACUCAUUGUCGCCGCGUCCAUUGCCUGCAACACUCACGGCACCAACAAUGGAGCGACCGUCAACAGUGACGGGCGUGGACAAACAGCGGCAUGCUGUACCAACCGCCCCACAUUACCAAGGUGCCGCCGCACGCCCGUUGCCAGCCCUGCCACCUUCUCCUCCACCUCAACCGCCACCGCCACCACCAACCACACAGCAAUCGGAGGAACGCAGCACCUCCGAGAGCGUGAAGAGGAGCCUUGAGCGGAUCACCAGCAAGCUGCUGCUGCUGGCGGAGACUCAUCCCGGUGUGUUCAUGACCAGACAUUCACUGGCACCCUUUCGUCACCUCUUGGUACUGCUAGGCGACAGCUGUGAGGAUGCUGAGGUCGUACUAGGCAACAAUGUCACUCGCUUCACGGGACCAAAUGCAGGACAGAACCUGAAAUGCAUCAUACAGCCAGUCCUGCUGAGAUGGAAGAACUCCCACCACAGGACCUUGUCCACCAUGGACCCAUAUGAAGAAAUCAUGGCAUAUCUGGAUAACUGCCAACUGGGGGAAGUAAUGUCCGAGCUUCAAAAUGGCAAGCUGGUCCUUUCUUCUCAGCACGUACCCGUCCCCUACUACGAGAGCUCCAGCGUCAUCAGACAAGAACUCCAUACUGAACACCAGAUCAAUGAUGAGCAGCAGGACUCCGGCUAUGGGUGUGGAACAGUAUCAGCGUUGAAGGAGACCAGUAGGGGCAAACCAGAACCAACAUACACGUAAUACGAAAUGACCGAUGUGUUCCGUGAACAAAUACGCUCAUGGCGUCCCUGCCAUGUUGCGAGCUAUAUCGCCACCCGCAUCAUUCUACCUUAUAACCAGAGAACACUUCUAGCGAUACCUCUGCCUUUGGCAGGGAAAGGAUUUUUCACUCUCUUAGUUUCUAGUCCAGGGCAGACCGUUUAGCAAUGCCACGGAAUGUUAAUCAUGUUGUCGAAGUGGACGGAGAAAACUUGAGAGUAUGCAUGUCUGCGUGUGAUAUUGAAAAGUUACUAGUGCCGCUGUUGAGACUUUUAUGUAUAUGCGGAUACAUUUAACUGUUUGUUUCGCUAAUGGUCCUGUUCACAAUACCUGCGUAUUCCAUUCUCUCAGUAAACCCAUAUGUCGCUUCUUACCAUAUAUUUUUAUCCUGCAAGCUUGCUGUAUCUGGUGCACAGCACGACUCAAGCUGACCAUAUUGUCAACCAAGCCUUCAUGAUCCACAGUUUUCAUUCACUGAUUUCCCUAUGUACAUUUUAUUACCGCGUUCAUGCUAAGAGAUGCUGAAUAAUUCUGUACCUCGUCAGACA